GCGAGCUAGGGUUUCUAGGAAGGAGCUAGCUGAUCGUGGUGGAGCUCGAGCUGGAAGCGCGGUGCUUUCGAGGUGGGAGAGCGUUUGCGUAUCUUCUUUUGCCGGAUUUCGUCGGAAAUCACUCUCGCGGGGGCGAUUCGGCGCAAUGCAGGCGCUCCGGGCUUGCAAUCGGGAUUAUAAGCUCAGGUUGUAGUGAUUUGGGGUGGAAGCGAGCAAGAUGACUGCCGAUACAGAGGCGCCGCCCCGGAAAUCCACACGGCAGGGGGAAGCGCUCAUCCAGAGGGCCGAUAGCAUGUCUCUGAUUCACUUGCUAAGCAGAGAAGUGAGGCCGGAGAGGGUCGAGAGACCCGUGUUGCAGUAUGGCCAUGCGGCGCAGUCCAAAAAGGGGGAGGAUUUCGUGCUUGUCAAGACCGAUUGCCAGAGAGUUCCCGGCGAUGGAUCAUCCACAUUUGGAGUUUUUGCGAUUUUUGACGGACACAAUGGAGCCGCGGCGGCGAUUUACUCGAAGGAGAACCUGGUGAACGACGUGAUGGGCGCUGUUCCUUCCGGGCUAAGCAGGGAGGAAUGGCUAGCCCUUCUCCCUCGGGCUCUUGUCGCUGGAUUCGUGAAGGCCGAUAAGGAGUUCCAAAGAAGAGAGCAAUCCUCGGGCACCACUGCGACUUUCGUAGUUAUCGAUGGAUUGACAGUCACUGCUGCCUCGGUCGGGGAUUCGCGCUGCAUCUUGGACUCGGAGGGAGCUGUCAUAACACUGACCGUGGAUCACCGUCUCGAAGUAAACGAAGAAGAGCGGGUUCGAGUUACAGCUAGUGGUGGUGAGGUCGGGAGAUUGAGCACUGCAGCUGGUGCCGAGGUUGGGCCAUUGAGAUGUUGGCCGGGAGGGCUUUGUCUUUCGAGGUCCAUUGGUGACAUGGACGUCGGGGAGUUUAUUGUCCCUGUGCCAUACGUGAAACAAAUCAAGGUACCUGCUUCUGGCGGGAGGCUGAUCAUCGCCACGGACGGCGUUUGGGAUGCCUUGAACUCUGAGCAAGCCGCCAAAUACGCUCGGGGUUUACCCCCAGAGAUUGCAGCCAAGCAGAUUGUGAAGGAGGCGCUGCGCAGCAGGGGCUUACGCGACGAUACGACUUGCUUGGUCGUGGAUAUUGUACCACCGCCAGUGAGGCCCACUGCCCCAGUCGCCAAGAAACAAAGCAGGAUUCUCAAAGUCCUCGACUUUCGUCACUCGUUUAACGUCUCGAAGCUGACGCGCAAGCCGGCUGGCACCAGAAGACAAGUGGAAGAAAUUUUUGAGGAAGGCUCUGCAAUGCUCGCCGACAGAUUAUUCCCGGCCCCUGGAGGAGAGGGCGUGUUGAAAUGCGCGAUCUGCCAGGAGAUGCUGACGGUGAGCAGCGAUGACGAGAACGAUGGCUCUUUUUUCUCGCUCAGCCCCGACGAGAGCUGGGAAGGCCCGUUCCUGUGCAAGACUUGCAAGCUCAAGAAGGACGCCAUGGAGGGCAAGCUUUGCAAGCAGCGGCUUCAAUCGCAAACCAAUGGAGCUUGACUUUACGAGUAACAGAACAAAGCGCCAACAAAAAGCGCAGAGAGGAUCAACCACAAAGAGGUGAUUUUUUUUCCUUCUCUUUUUAUUUUUUCAACUUUUUUGUGGGACGUGCUUUUAGAAGCCAAAAUGUUAAUAUCUAUUAAGUAAAGGCCUUUUGCUUGUUACUCGAUAAAA